AGCUAAUUAACGCCACUAUUAAUUAUGGGCUGCCAACAAUAAAAUCACGAUCCCUGAUUCGCGAAGGUUUUUCACCCGCAAAAUAUUCUAGUACAUUUAUUAUCAUUAGUAUGUUGAAGCAAGUUCCCCUUUCAUGUCCUGGACAUACUCGACCUGUGGUUCAGCUCCAUUAUAGUGAAAGUACUUCAUCUGGCUACUAUUUAAUUAGUGCCUCCAAAGAUGGAAAGCCAAUGCUGAGAAAAGGGGAGACGGGAGAUUGGAUUGGUACAUUUCAAGGGCACAAAGGCGCUGUUUGGGGUGCCUGCUUAAACAAGGAUGCAUCUAGAGCUGCUACAGGGGCUGCUGACUUCUCAGCAAAAUUAUGGAAUGCACAAAGUGGAACAGAGCAGUUUUCAUUUACCCACAAACACAUUGUAAAAGCAGUCGACUUCUGUGAGAGUGGCACGAAAUUACUGACUGGGUGUAACGAUAAGACUCUUCGUAUCUUCGAUUUGAAUAACUGCUCUGGCAAGCCUGAAAUAGAGCUGAAUGGACACAAAUCUGCAAUCAAAUGUUCUGUUUGGAGCAGUGAAUAUCUCAUAAUUUCAUGUGCUGAAGAUGAGGAUUUAUGCUUAUGGGACACUAGGGUGGGGACCUGUGUGAAAACGUUGGUGCUUGAGUCUCCUGCAACUAGUUUGGAGCUGUCACACGAAAGAAAAUUACUGGUUGUUGCCAAUGGCCAACUGGUCAGCUUUGUUGACACAUCUGAGAUGACUUUGAUCAAGUCCUUCGCAAUGCCUACUGAAACAUACUCUGCAUCCGUAAGUCCUGACCUGUCAACAUUUGUCACUGGUGGAGAAGAUUUCAAAAUUUACAAGUGCUCUUACGAGGAUGGGAGUAUGCUAGAAUCGUAUAAAGGGCACUUUGGACCAGUACACUGUGUUCGAUACAGUCCUGAUGGUCAGGUUUAUUGCUCUGGGUCUGAGGAUGGAACCAUUAGACUGUGGCUUAACACAGUUGGAAAAUCAUACGGCCUUUGGAAAUGUUCUGAAAGUACUUCAGACACAUAAACUCUAAACCUUGUUCAUUGCAACGAUCAGAUUCUCACAUUAAAUAAAAAAUGUCUACUACUGUCUACCAUUUAAUUGCAAGCGAUGUAGUUUGUGUUUCAAUGUGAUGAUAAGUUGUAUGAAGCA